UGGGUGGUAAUGAUCGCGGCAACAGGCCACUUCUCCCACAAGCACCCUAACCUGAAACGUAGCCCAAACCCCGCUUUAGGAGAGGAAGGGACAAACAAACCCUUCUGAACAGUGGGAGUGGAAGUCCCACAUCCCGUGCAUGAACUACGAAGCCCAUUCAUCCUCCCCCAUUUUCUCCCUUAGAGCCUGCUCACUAUGCCUUCCUGACGCACAGCACAGUUCCAGUAGACCGCUGCUCUCUGGCAGCAGCCAGAAUCGACAGCCCAUGAGAAAGUCCAAGAUCACGGCCUCACGCAAGCUCUUGCUGAAGAGCCUGAUGCUGGCCAAGGCCAAGGAGUGCUGGGAGCAGGAGCACGAGGAGCGGGAGGCGGAGAAGGCCCGCUACCUGGCUGAGCGCAUCCCCACGCUGCAGACCCGCGGCCUGUCCCUCAGUGCCCUGCAGGACCUGUGCCGGGACCUGCAUGCCAAGGUGGAGGUGGUGGAUGAGGAGAGAUAUGACAUUGAGGCCAAAUGUCUCCACAACACCAGGGAGAUUAAGGACCUAAAGCUGAAGGUGCUGGACCUCCGUGGAAAAUUCAAGCGUCCACCACUGCGUCGGGUCCGGGUCUCGGCUGACGCCAUGCUCCGGGCCCUACUGGGCUCCAAGCACAAGGUGUCUAUGGAUCUGCGGGCCAACCUGAAGUCAGUGAAGAAGGAAGACACCGAGAAGGAGCGGCCUGUGGAGGUGGGUGACUGGAGGAAGAACGUGGAGGCCAUGUCCGGGAUGGAAGGCCGCAAGAAGAUGUUUGACGCCGCCAAGUCUCCAACCUCACAGUAGAGGCCGGCUUGCUGCUCUGUGCUCUGGGCUUCCGCUUCCCGCUCCUCCCUCCAGCCUGGCUCCCCUCUCUGCCUCCCACCCUGCAUUUCUGGAGCCUUCCAUCCUGAUCCCACCUCUCCCCUCCAGCCUGAGUGCCCUCCUCUGGAACUGGGAUUAAACAGACACCCGAGAGGACACACAGCCGUGUCUGAAGACCUCCCCCCUCGCAGGGUAGAGACCCCAGGUAGCUGAGCUGGGGAGGAAGAGGUGUGGCAGCACCUUCCCCUCUGGCCCCCGGCUGCAGCCCUGCACUGCUUCCCUGACCUGUAGAGUGCCCCCAGGCAUCACAGCUUCUCCAUUAAAAACCAGGCUCCUGGUCA